UAUUUAUAGAGAGACAGAUUCCAAUUGUUGAAACAAAGAGUAGUAGUCCUCUCUAUUCUCCAGCAAAACUAAUUCUUUGUUCUUCUCCCAUCUUGUUCGCUCUUCUUCCAUGUCUGAUCAUCAUCAUGAACCUAAAGACCUUUACUACCAUGACCUAUUUCAGUAUGAUCACGGACAACUUAAUGGUGGAAUGAUCAUGAACAACCCAAAAGUUUCUGGUUCAUCAUCCCCAGCUUACAAUAAUCUAUUACAGGGGUUUGAUGUUCCUUCAUACAUGAACACCAGCUUCACAGAGUACAACUCGCUUGCAACGGCUUUCGGCUUAUCGUCUUCACCCUCCGAUCACGAAGUAUUUUCCUCCAUUGACGAAGGCAGCCAUCAAAAGCCUGUUGAUAAUCUCGGAUACUUAGGUGGUGGUGGAGGUCAUGUUAGUAGCGAUGGUGAAGUUCAUGUGACACCAAACUCUUCGGUUUCAUCGUCUUCAGCUGAGGCCGGCGCCGAAGAGGACUCCGGUAACAAGAGCAAGAAAGAUAGGCAGCAGCCACAGCCAAAAGGGUCUUCUGAAGAAGGAGGAGAUGUUCAUAGCCCCAAGAAAUCGAGCAAGAUAGUGAAGAAGAAAGGAGAGAAAAAGCAAAGAGAGCCUCGAUUUGCCUUCAUGACCAAGAGUGAGGUUGAUCAUCUAGAAGACGGAUACAGAUGGAGAAAAUACGGUCAGAAAGCUGUCAAAAACAGCCCCUACCCUAGAAGCUACUACCGAUGCACGACGCAGAAAUGUGGGGUGAAGAAGAGGGUAGAAAGGUCAUUUGAGGACCCGUCGACGGUGAUCACCACCUACGAGGGGCAGCACAACCAUCCGAUCCCGGCUACUCUCCGAGGAAGCAUCAACAUCAAUGCAGCUCACCACCACCAUGCAUUGUUCUCACCUUCGUCUAUGUACGCGUCUGCUGCGCCGACCACGUCGUCUUCGGGUCCUAGCUUUCCUCAGGAGUAUUUGUUUCAGAUGGCGACGCCUCAGAUGAUGAUGAGAAACGACGGAGGAGGCGCCGGCCCCGGCGGGAUUUAUUCCUCGAGAAAUGUUAACUUUCCUCAGCAGUAUCAUCAGUUACCUGCAGAUCAAUAUGGGCUUUUGCAGGACGUGGUUCCCUCUAUGUUUUUCAAACACGAGCCAUGACCUAGCUAGCUAGCUACCUCUCUCUAUCAUUGUAGAUAUGAUAAUUACUAGCUCCAUGAUCGUUGAUUGACUUAAUUAUUAGAAUAUAGAUAUAUUAAUAUUAAUCUAUCUUCACCUCGAUCUGAUCAUUUCAAUUAUUAGUUAAGUAAGUUUUAUAUGCAGUGGGUCAGUACGUACUAGGUCGUACUGUAGUUGAGCACUGAUUACACGGCAAGAGUUCGACUCUCUUAUUUCUCGCUCUUGCCAAAAUUUAGCUGCGGCUUCGAAACGAGAAGGUGUUCGAUGGGGUUGUCCUGCGAAAUGGCAGUAGGGCAAUAACCCGAUGAACGUCGUCGGCCGGUCGCCCCAGCACGCUUCCGCUACGAUUGCUUUCUAAUGAUUCUGCUUCGAAUGGGAAGAAGAAAGAUCCAUUGAGACGUUCUACAUAUGAUCUCUACAAGUCUACAGGGAGAUUUAGAUAUUUUUCUUUUUUGAUUUGAAGGUGACUAGCUAGCUAGCUAGCUAGGCUGCUAGCUAGGGAAGAGUAAUUAAAUGGUUUUGUAAGAGUUUGGUAGUAUAGUUUCAGAGUACUGAUCGAUAUUGGUUGGUAAAUGCUUGUAAUUCAACUACAAAAGCAAUGCAAUGGAUGUAAAAGAUCCUAGCUUGCUGCCUAGCCUGUAUGCAUCAUGCAUGGUGGGAUGUUUAAAGUACUACUUGAUGUUUUCUUUUCUUGAAUGGUAUAAGAAAUUACCAACAA